AAGAAAAGAAAAGAAAAGAAAAGAAAAGAAAAGAAAAGAAAAGAAAAGAAAAGAAAAGAAAAGAAAAGAAAAGAAAAGAAAAGAAAAGAAAAGAAAAGAAAAGAAAAGAAAAGAAAAGAAAAGAAAAGAAAAGAAAAGAAAAGAAAAGAAAAGAAAAGAAAAGAAAAGAAAAAGAAAAGAAAAGAAAAAGAAAAAGAAAAGAAAAGAAAAGAAAAAGAAAAGAAAAGAAAAGAAAAGAAAAGAAAAGAAAAGAAAAGAAAAGAAAAGAAAAGAAAAGAAAAGAGAAAGAAAAGAAAAGAAAAGAAAAGAAAAGAAAAGAAAAGAAAAGAAAAAGAAAAGAAAAGAAAAGAAAAGAAAAGAAAAGAAAAGAAAAGAAAAGAA